GCUCGGCUCCCGAAGAAUCUUCAGAUUUUCAAGUUCAUUCACAGGCGCCGUUCAACAUAAGCCAAGCCGAGCCGAAUGAUAGAAACAAAAAAGAGCAGAAAUCUUUCCUCGGCUCACAUCGACAUUGUUUGACUCUGACCAGAUCCGAUUCCCACGCGCGUGUUCUCCACGCGCCCCUCUUAUAUAAACCCUAAAUUCACACUUGCAGAAAUUUCAUUUCUUACUAUUCCUGCAAUCGCUCAAUAAUUUCGAAUUCCAUCGAUUUAUGUAUGGCUGCCGUUGAGAAUCGAGGUGUUUCCGGCGAGCGGCCGCGGCCGCGGCAGCCUAGCCGGCUGCAGAGGAGAGCGCCGGCGAUGAUUCAGAUCAAUCCGGUGACGGAGUGGAACGUGGCUAUACCGCUGCUGUCGCCGUUGGUUCAGUCGCCGGACAAUCUGAGGGCUGAGAUCGAGGCGUCUGCGAAUAGAGAUAAGGAGACUGUGGCUGCGGCGGAGAAGCCGGCGGCGGCGGCGGUGGUUGUGAAGAAAUGGCAGCACCCAGCGGCGCCGUUUGGUUAUGAUACGACGCCGUUUUUGCCUUUUGUUUGCACGGGAAGCCUGAAAAGAUGAUGAUAAUGCAUUGUUGCUUUUUGUU